GACCGGCAGAAGCAGCUCGAGGAGGAAAGUUUUAUCUUAGCUCACAGUUUCAGAGAUUUCAGCCCAUGGUUACUUGGUCCUAUCAAUUUGGCCUGAGGGUCCAGGCUGGCUCUGUUGCCGCUCUCCAUUGGCCACGCCCGGCUGCUGAAAGGGCCUCGGACUGGAUGACGAGUCUCCGCACUCUCAAGGCCUGCUUGAGCCUGUCAUCUGGAUUGCCACACAACUGAUGAGAGGGACAUGUGCAGCCCAGCAGGUGCCUCCCCACUACGGCUCAGCUAGGGCCUAAUGAUAAGAAGCAGGAACUGGAGAGCAGCGUUGGGGCUGCCGAGAUCCCUUUGUACAGGUACAGGUACAGCCUGGGCAGGGGGAAGGCCAGAUGGAGUGCCUUCUUUUGAUUCAGAGAGCCCAGCCCCUUGUUCGGGAUGUGUGAGGCAAUAGUGAGUUGCACAGUCCUCUCACUCAGAGCAGAUGUGCGUAGGGGAGCCUGGUACGUCUCAGGGAGGCCAAGUGCGCUCAGUGAGAGGUGUGGGGUUGGGAAGGAAUCAGGAAGAGAGGUAGCAGGCCUUCCACGAGAGCCACUCCAGAGCCUGCCGCUCUCUCCUCCGUCACAUUCCAGCUCUUGACCUUUGGUUUAUGAUUAUCCGGGAGCCAGCCAAUGAGUUGCCAGGCUGAGGCUGCUCCCCAGAGCUGAGGCAAGUUCUAGCAGAUUCUCGUUGGAUGCCAUUUAGAGGCCGAGACUAUCCUGAACGCUCUCAGCUCUGUGGUACCAGAUUUAAUCUUCCCAGCCAGGGAGAAGAGGGCUUUCUGAAACUUGCCCAUGGGAACAUGGGGUUCUGCUAUCAACAGACCCUGAAGAGGAAGCCAAUAGCUGUGGACACCACAUCCUGUUUCUAGUGUGCCGUCUUAAGGGCUCAAGAAAGGCGUGAAAAAAAAAAAAGAUCUCACUGUCUCUUGUGACUGCUGAUAUUUGAGAUCCAGAAGUCUACCCAUGGCUCCUUAUCACAUCCGCACGUACCAGGAGAGGGACCGCAAAAGAGUCCUAGAACUGUUCUCCAUGGGCAUGGAGGAACACACCCCUGCCACCUUCCGCCACCUGCUGAAACUGCCCCGAACCCUCCUGCUCUUAAUUGGGGUGCCUCUUGCCAUAGUCCUGGUGUCUGGCUCCUGGCUCCUGGCUGUUGUAUGCAUUGUCUUUCUGCUUCUAUUCUUGCGGUUCCUUGCAGGCCAACCCUGGAAGAAUUAUGUGUCCAUGUGUUUGCACACAGACAUGGCUGACAUCACCAAGUCCUACUUGAAUGUGUCUGGGGCAGGUUUCUGGGUGGCUGAGUCUGGGGGACAGGUAGUGGGGACAGUGGCUUCUCAGCCAGUCAAGGAUCCCCCGUCAGGGAGGAAGCAGCUGCAGCUCUUUCGCCUGUCUGUGUCCUCACAGCAUCGAGGACAGGGGAUAGCGAGAGCCCUGGUCAGAACUGUCCUCCAGUUUGCACGGGACCAGGGCUACAAUGACGUUGUCCUUGCGACUGGCCUUUUGCAGCAAGGUGCUGUGAGCCUCUACUACAGCAUGGGCUUCCAGAAGACAGGUGAAUCCUUCAUGGACCUCCUCACAUGGCUUGUGGAUGUCUCUCUAAUUCACUUCACAUACCCACUCCCUUCUGCUCAGGAACAUGAGCUGUGAUCUUCCUCUGUGUGUCUGUCAGCCUCCAGCUCACUGUGAUGUGGAAAAAGUAACCCUGAUGAUAUUGUAGCAGACAAAUCAUAAAAUUGCCUUUGUCAUUUUCGUUGUAUUCCUUUCUGCCUGAUGGGAGGUGAAGAACUAGGGCAAUGACGUCCUCUGUUUCUUUUGAAGUCAUUUCCUAAAGUAGGGGAGCAGGGGCCAGUGUCGCAGUGGAGUAGUCUACACAGCCUGAUUGGCAUGUGUGGUCCCCACUGGCCCAGGCUCGCCUCAGUCUAUGGACCGGCGUGAGUCUCCGCAGGUCGUGUGUGGAGUGUGUUUGUGGAUUCUGAAAGAAGAAGUGGGGCUGGAGAGUAAUUUCACUCCCACCACUUCUUGCCACUGAGGCUGGGCCCAUCGUGCAUCCAAGGACUGGGGCCCCAAGAAACGUAGGUGCUGACAGAAUGAUAAACGGCGUUGCAGAUGGCGCGCGUGCAGUCCUGGCUGUGCAGGCCUUCAAUCUAACCAGGAAGCUGUUACGUGUAACAAGCAUGCCGCUCUCCGGAACAGUUCUCCCUUAAGGCACUGUUAAUGCCUACUACUUCAACUUCGCUCCACUCUGUUUCCCAUGUCCUACAAUAAAAAUAUUCAGUAUCUGCAGUAGAAUGUUA